UAACAGUCAGUAACUUUCUGAUCAGCGGAUACACACACACACACGCACGAAAGAGAGAGAGAGAGAGAGAGAGAUACACACACGCACCGAGUCAUGCAGUACCAGCCUACGGCCAGGCCCGUGCCCAUGUACGCGCCGACCCCGGUUCAGCCCGCGCACCCGACUCCGUUUUACAUUGAAGAUAUUCUGGGCAGAAAUGAUGGCACAUCGGGCACGUGCUCUCCGCUCGCCCCCGCACCAGCACCCGCACCGGCUUUACCUUCACCGAACUCAUCAUUCAGCAGCUGGGUGCCGCCUUACCGGAGCACAGUGUACGAGCCGACCCCGAUCCACCCGCACCAGAACCCGCACCCGCACCACCACCACGUCGCGCUCGCCGCAGCCGCCGCAGCCGCCUACGGAAACCCGCUGUACCCUUUACACCGCGCGCUGCUCGGAGAUUACUCUCACGCGCUCAUCAGACACGACCCGCUCAGUAAGCCCUUGCUGUGGACUCCGUUCAUCCAGCGUCCUCUGCACAAGCGGAAAGGGGGUCAGGUUCGUUUCUCCAAUGAUCAGACUGUCGAGCUGGAGAAAAAGUUUGAGACACAGAAAUAUCUCUCACCACCAGAGAGGAAACGACUGGCCAAGAUGCUCCAGCUGAGCGAGAGACAGGUAAAAACGUGGUUUCAGAACCGCAGAGCGAAAUGGAGGAGACUGAAACAGGAGAACCCUCAGGGCUCUAAGCGCGAGCUGGAGAGCGAGCAUACUGACAGAAGCUGCGUGCUCACAGAACCCCGAGCCUCGGACCCGCAGCCCGCACGCUCCUCUUCCUCCUCCUGCUCCUCACCGUCCUCACGUGCUCUUCUCGAGUCGGAGGUUUUGGACGAUUCAGAUGGAGAGCUGGACAUUGAGGAGGAUGCAGACAUCUCACUGAGUCCCCUGCUAUGAGGGCCACACUGUAAACACGGGACAUGUGGGACAUUUAUUUAAAGGAACUCAGCAGCGUCUGGACUUCACUGUAAAUACUAACCUCAUCAUGAAACCUUUUUCCCAACUUUUAUGGGAACAGACUCUUCAGUGUUGCUCAGACAACACACACACACACACACACACACACACACACACACACACACACACACACACACACACACUUUUAGCAUUACCCUAUUCACUGGCUAUCUGAGCUUCAGUGAACCCUAAAGUUUAGCAUCAUGUUUGAAUUUUUUAUAUGAAAACAGUGCAGCUUGUUUUUCGAGUCCCUGAAAACAACAGUUUAUUAAAAUGACAAAAAAAAUGAUUGUAAAUAUAUUAUGUAUAAAAUGCUGAAUAAAUAUCUUAUUACACCUG